AUGUCUGGGCUCCGUGCCUGGGUUAGCAAGGCACUGGAGGUCGGGCGCGUGGACAAGGGGAUCGCCUGGGUGCGGUUCUUCUUCGAUGGCAACCGCUGGAUCCAGCUGAUGGAGCAAGGCCCGCGGGGAACGCUGGUGGGCACGGACUACAAUGGCAACCGCUACUUUGAAAACAACGACUCAGGGUAUACCCGCAAGCGGUGGGUGAUCUAUGCGGAGACCAAGACAAAUGCGUACAACCCCACCACCAUCCCGCCUGAGUGGCACGGAUGGAUCAACUAUGUCAAUGACUUGCCACCCACAACGCACGAAUUCAAGGAGCCGGUCUACGCGGUCAAGGCCACUCUCACGGCCACCGGCACGGACAAGGCGUACCAGCCCAAGGGUGCAUGGGCCGACCCCGACAAGCGCAACUGGCUCAAGUAUGAGGCCUGGAAGCCGCCGAGCAGCCAGGCGUGA